AUGUACGAAGGCCUCGGCGCAGGCUUUAAAGAUUGGGGGCUCAGAUUCCUGGACGUACUUAUCGCCGCGCAGGUGAUUAGCGGCGGCGACUGGCCCGAGGACUUUAAGGCUCGUGCUUUGAACCGAUACCUCGAGGGCCCAGCGCGCAAGUAUUUUGACCGGAUGAAGACAAUUUGGUCGGCGGAGUCGCCAAUGCUGAAGCAUUUGAUGAACCGGAUGUUAGAGCGUGCUGAUCGUACCUGGACUGAACAAUAUCAGUAUUUGCUGGCAAUCUCGAGUGCUGCAGACUGUUCGGACCGUUUUGUGCUGCAGUACAUCUGCGAGUGUGCGUCGCCUGACGUCAAGAGGGCGAUGCAAACGAGGAUUGACCGUCGUCGCGCCGACCAUCUACGACAAGCGUGGGAACUGGCGGACUUCGCUAGCACGCUCGAGGCGGAUAUGAAUGGUGGAGGAAAUGCGCACGGCAGAAACUUCCGCGGGAGUCGCAGCGGUGGCCACGGUGGCAACACUGGCAGCGGUAAUCUAGUCGCGAAUGCUGUCAAGGAUGCAGGCAGCGAAAGCAUCGAGCGACGCUGCUGGCGCUGCGGCGAACCGGGCCACCUGAAGAAAGACUGCACGGGCAAGAAGAAGGAAGGCCAGGCGAUCCUGUUGAUUGACCCUGUGGACUGUAGCGAGACAUGCAAGGUUGCCGACGGCCAGUCCAUGUCGGUGACCAAGAAGGGCAGCAUCGUGCUUCGUGCCGCGGUUGAUGGCACUGAACACGACGUUGUGAUAAGCAAUGUGUACUUCGGUGACCGACUUGCGCAGAACUUGCUGUCGUACUGCAAGAUCGAAGAAAAGGGCUUCAUAUUGGUCUACAAGGGAAAGCGUCGGUACCUGGCGAGGGUUGCUGAUGGC